UUUAUGCAUUCAGUGAUGUUUAUUCCUUUCAUUUGUUAUGGUUUCUGCUUCUCAUCGUUUUCUGCUGAAUUCAUGUCUAACCUUGAUUUGUUUCCAGAUGGAGAAGGUAGUGAGAUUGCAGACCGCUCUAAAGAGGAGGGAUCAACACAAACUUCGGAAAAUGAUUCAGAGGAAAAGGCUACUGAGUCGGAAGGAAAUUCAGGUGCUUUCAGUGAGGUUAUAGAAUCAGAAACAGGUGACAUGGAGGUUACAUCACCAAAAAUUUCUCGGAGAGGUGCCUCGAGGUCCAAAGCCAAGAGUGGUGAGGUUGUCAUGAAAGAUAGAAAGGGUGAUUCUACUGUUAGAAGAAAAAAUCCUGCCAAAUAGAAGGUAACUUCCAACAUAAUUGCACCAUUCUCCAAGUUGAAGCAGUGUCCUUUUCUUUUGCAUCAUCUGCCUACUUGGGAUGUGCAUAAGAUUCUUACCAGGUUGGAGAAAUUAUCUGCUGAUUUUGAAAAUACUAGUUGGGAGACCUCGCUGAUGGUUUACCCUGCUCAAAUAGACUGGAAACAAAGAUUACUAAUUAUCUUUUACCGUACCUGUGCCAAUUACCCUAUUAUUUUGGUUAAAGGUUGCAGCACUGUAAUUUCUAUGAAUGAAAUGAUAGUCGAACUAAGUGGGAGAAAGGGGAUUGGCGGAGGAGGAUGACGUAGAAGACUUACCCACUUCCUAGAGUAUUUAUGGAGUGAAUUAUUUAGCAUUGGUUGUUGUUUACCUUUCUUUUUGAAGUGAAUCAUUAUGAUUCCUCCACAUUGAAACUUUAUGUUGCAGAUCUGGUUAGCUCAUAGCUGAAGGAUCCAUGCUAUUCUAAUGGUAUGCUGAUUUUCUGAAUUAGUGAAUUGUAGCUUGACAUUGAGCAGUCCUUGCCUUGAGUUUCACAAAUAAUAGACUUUCUGAGUGGAAACAUUAUUUAUCGUA